GUUUGAAGCAAGGUAAUCAUGAUGUGUGAUGCCAGUGAAAUGUUGGCAGCUGCUCUGGAGCAGAUGGAUGGCAUCAUUGCAGGUUCUAAGGCCAUGACCUACACCAAUGGCCUGUUUGAUUGUCAGUCACCAACUUCACCCUUUCUGGGCAGCAUUCGAGCGCUGCAUCUCCUGGAGGACCUGAGGGCUGCGCUGGACUUAAUGGAUCCUGAGGAAAAGGAAAAUAUGCGCAGUCAAGUGUCUGAAACCACAGCCGAGGGUCUGAUGGAGUGGCUACAAGGCAGAUUGACCAAUGGCCAUGGAUCUGCAGCAGGGGAUUUGGUCCACCAGGAGCGACUCUCUCGCUUGGAAAGUGACAAAGAAUGUUUAGUGCUCCAGGUAAGUGUUCUGACUGACCAAGUGGAAGUCCAAGGAGAAAAAAUAAGGGACCUAGACUCGAGCCUUGAGGAACAUCGCAUGAAACUGAACGCUACAGAAGAGUUACUACAGCAAGAGCUGCUUAGCAGGAGUACUUUAGAGGCAGAGAAACUGGAACUGUUGACCGAGAUAUCGAGUCUGAAGCUGAAGCUAGCUGCUGCAGAAGGAGAUUGCAGAGAAUGUGAGGGUCUUUUUCAGGAUGUGAAAGACUUGCGCCUCAAGUUGACAUCCAUGGAGAACGAGAGACAACACUAUGAGAGAAGCCUCAUCUCAACUAAAGAGGAGCUGAUAUCACUACAGAAACAGCUGGAGGAGAGAGAACAGGCAUUUAAAAGAAUUCAAGACCGAGGCGUCCCAGAAACCUUAAACACUGAACAGUCACAAAGCAAAGAGAGAGAUAUGGAGGUGCAGAGAUUGAGGAGUGCGAUGGAGUCUCUGAAGGCGACUAAUGAAGAGAAGGAUUUCAGGAUAAAAGAGCUGCAGCAGUCUUUGAUCCAUUACAGGCGGGUUCAAGAUAUAGGGAAAACUGUGCAUGUGUUAAAAGACAACCUCAGUGACAAGGACACAAGAGAAGGGCUGUGUGACUCUGAGAUGCUCUCCACUGGAGGAACAGAGGAAACUGAUGAACCUCAGCUCAUUCCAUGUUCAGAGCUGCUGCCUGAAGUCCCACAUACACCCACAGACAGCUCAGGGAGAAAUGAGAGUUUUGGCAGUAAGAAAACUCGCUCCUCUUUUGGACGUGGCUUUUUCAAGAUCAGAGGGAACAAGAUGACAGGCAGCGCUCCCAGUCUAGCUGAGGGAGAGCAGAAGGGGACGGAGCACUUGGAUUUGGCCGGAGUGCAAACUAAGAAGCAGAAAGCAUUGGACACACACUCACCUGAUGGGAAGAAGAAAUCAAAGGGCAUCAUGAAGUUAUUUGGAAGGAUGAAGAGAAGUCAGUCCACCUCCUCUGACCUGGAUGAUUCUCCAGACUCUGAGUUUCAGAGAGGUGGAGUUCGAGCCACAGCGGGACCCAGACUGGGCUGGUCACGUGAUCUGCAGAGGAGCAAUAACAAUGAGCUCAACAGUGCAUUUUCCCGCUGGAGUAAAGAGCAGGUGUGUGAGUGGCUGCAGGAACAGGGACUAGGCUUAUAUAUGAAUCAGGCCCAGCAGUGGAUUAAAUCUGGACACACUUUACUGAAGGCGUCUCAGCAUGAUUGGGAAAAGGAACUGGGCAUCAGGCAUCCUCUACACAGAAAGAAACUGCAGCUGGCUCUUCAGUCGCUCAGCUCAGAGGACGGAGAUGCUAUGGGCAAACUGGACUACAACUGGGUUACUCAAUGGCUGGAUGAUAUCGGCCUGCCCCAGUAUAAAUCUCAGUUUGAUGAGGGCAGAGUGGAUGGACGCAUGCUUCACUACAUGACUGUGGAUGACCUGCUGGGUCUGAAAGUUGGCAGUGUGCUUCACCAUCUCAGUAUAAAGAGGGCCAUCCAGGUUUUACGCCUCAACGGCUACGACCCAAACUGUCUGCGCCGUCGACCAAUAGAGAACAACGCCACACCAGCUGAAAUCUGUCAGUGGACCAAUCACAGAGUGAUGGAGUGGCUGCGUUCAGUGGAUCUGGCAGAGUACGCCCCCAACCUGAGAGGAAGUGGAGUCCACGGAGGCCUAAUGGUUUUGGAGCCCCGCUUCAAUGUUGAGACGAUGGCCCUGCUUCUUAACAUCCCACCAAAUAAGACGCUGUUGAGACGUCACCUUGCGACCCACUUCCAUCUUCUGAUUGGUUCGGAGGCACAGAAACAGAAGCAGGAGUAUCUGGAAAACCCAGAUUACACUGUGCUCACAGCCACAGCCAGAGUAAAGGCACCCAAGAAGACUGUCAUUCGGAAGUUUUGGGACACUGAGACGGAAGAGGCAAGAGGAUAUGGAGGAGUAUGUUUGCCCCAUGGAUCUUUGAAUGUUGACUGAUCUGCUCAUGUAUUCCAGAGAGCUGUGUAUAUGUUAAAUAUUGUACAUGAUGUUAUGCAUCUCUGUGCAGAUGGAGGACUCUGAGGGUACAGUGCGACAGAUCGGCGCUUUCUCAGAGGAAAUCAACAACCUGA